AUGAAGUUUGAAAGUUCGAUAAAUUCUAUGGAACUUUCCAUAUCUGAAUCGUUCUCAGAUUCCAAGUGGACCAAUUUCCAGAGUGCAGCAAAUUCAGGUUUCUUCAGCGGAAAAAAUUCCAAGAAGGUGCGUGGACGAACAAUUUGCAAGCGAGCGGCAAGCCUCGGAAAGAGUCUGCCACGAAAAGUGCCGAGAAUCGAACAAAGGAGAUCCAUGGCUCGCAAAUUUUAUAAAUUUAUCACAAGUUGGAACCUAUUGUGUUGGCCAUCCAGAACAAAAGUCAGGAAGAUGUACAAGUGGCAGAUUACAGUUUCAAUUACAUGUUUCAAUACCUUGCACAUGGCUUCUGAGUCUAGAUAUAUGGUAAUUCGCGGAUUGAAGAUUAUACGGAUGAAGAACUGUCAUCCUAAGACCCAAGGCACUGGUAUUCCGAUUAUAUGGCGAUCGAGUUUAAUUUACUUCCGUAAACAGAGGGGAAAAUACAAAGAAGAAAUGAGAAAAGUAGCAGAUUCAUGAUAUCCUCUAAAGGUCAUUAAAACGAAUUGACGCCAAUGAACAGCUGCCAGAGUACUUUUAAGUCGACCUAAACCGUUAAGUGAGAUGCUGCGGUUAUUUCUCGAUCGCUAGCAACACAUGUCAGGUGUA